AAGGCUACAGCUCCACCAUUCUAUCCACAUCUGCGAUCCCUCCCUAGAGACUUUUCUUGGAACUGGCAAUUCUCUGUCUGACCCAAAUGCUAGGCCAGUUUCAACUCUUCUCUUUGGCCCGGUGUUCCAGACUGGGAUGUGGACCCUGUUGCCAAACAAAGCAAAAAUUUGCUGCUCAGAUCAUCAAAUAUUCUGGCUCCAGGCCCCUAGGCCAAGCAGUUCCCCAGGACUUUAAUUUUGCAAAGGAUGUGCUAGACCAGUGGUCCCAACUGGAAAAGGAUGGACUCAGGGGGCCUCACCCUGCCCUCUGGGAGGUUGAUGCCAAAGGAGAAGACAAAUGGAGCUUUGAAAGGAUGGCUUGUCUCUCCCGGAAGGCAGCCAGCAUCCUCUCGGACACCUGUGCCCUUAGCUGCAGAGAUCGGCUGAUGAUAAUCCUGCCCCCAACAGCCGAGACCUACGGGAUCUGCCUGGCCUGUGUGCGACUGGGAAUCACCUUUGUGCCUGGGACCCCCCAGCUGACUGCCAAGGAAAUUCUCUAUCGAUUAUGCAUGUCUAAGGCCCAGUGUGUUGUGGCCAACGAGACUGUGGCCCCAGUAGUGGACUCAGUCAUGUCCGACUGCCCAACCUUGAAGACCAAGCUCCUUGUGUCAGAUAAGAGUUAUGACGGGUGGCUGGAUUUCAAGGAGUUGAUUCGAGUUGCCCCUCCAAAGCAGACCUUCAUGGGAACCAGGAGUCAAGACCCAAUGGCCAUAUUCUUUAGCAACAGGAAAAUGGAAGCUCCCAAACUGGUUGAGUAUUCCCAGUAUGGUUUGGGAAUGGAAUUCAGCCAGGCUUCAAGACAGUGGAUGGACCUCCAGCCAACAGAUGUCUUGUGGAGUCUGGGUGAUAUCUUUGGUGGCACUUUAUCUCUGAGCAGUGUCUUGGGAGCUUGGCUCCAAGGAGCCUGUGUGUUUCUGUAUCGUAUGCCAACCUUUUGCCCAGAAACUGUUCUAAAUGCCCUGUCCAGGUUUCCCAUCACCACUCUAUGUGGAAAGCCAGGAAUGUACCAGGAACUGCUUCAACAUAAGAAUUUCACCAGCUACAGAUUCAAGAGUCUGAAGCAUUGUGUGGCUGCAGGAGGAUCCAUCAGCCCUGGGGUGAUAGAAGACUGGAAAUGCAUCACUAACUUGGACAUCUAUGAAGGCCAUGGACAGACAGAAACUGGUCUACUCUGUGCCACUUCUAAAAGAAUGAAAUUGAAGCCAGGUUCUCUGGGGAAGCCAUUGCCACCUUAUAUUGUCCAGAUUGUGGAUGAAAACUCAAAUAUCCUGCCUAUAGGGGAAGAAGGAAAUAUUGCAGUCCGUAUAACACUAAAGCAACCUGCCUCUGUGUACUGCCCGCAUAUGGUGAGCUGGGAGGAAUAUGCUUCAGCAAGAAGCCAAAUGUUUUACCUCACAGGAGACAGAGGGAUCAUGGAUGAAGACGGCUAUUUCUGGCUCACUGGUAGAGCUGAUGGCGUUGCCGAUGUACUGGGUCAGAGGUUGUGAAUGCCGUGGUUACUAUUGAGCCUGGAGGCUGUGGGAGUUUGGAGAAGGCUGUGGACUGCCUCAGAUACAUGGACAUUAUAGAAAAUUUGGAAAAUGCAAACAAGCAAAAAUAAAAAACAAAACUCAUCUACAAUCU